UGCCUGCUGCCCUGUGCGCUGUGCGCCGUUGCAGGCAGCCGGACCCCAGAGCCGCGCUUCUCUGGAAAGCUCAGUGACUAUGCUGUGACUGUGCCUUGCAGCACAGAUUUUCAGGGACGCUUCCUCUCCCAUGUAGUGUCUGCUUCAGCCGAAGCAUCUGCAGGGAGCGUGGUAGUGGACAGGACACCCAUCCCACCACUGCGCUCCAGGCACCUCCGGGUGGCUCGCAGCCCUCUGAGCCCGGACAGAGGGACUUCGCCACCUGGUGAGGUACAGCGUUACUUCCUCUACUUCAACGUGACCGUUUUUGGGAAGGAGCUGCAUUUGCACCUUCGGCCCAACCGGAGGCUGGUGGUGCCAGGAGCCUCAGUAGAGUGGCAGGAGGAUUUUCAGGAGCUGUUCCGACAUCCCUUGCAGCAGGAGUGUGUGUACACUGGAGGUGUCACUGGAAUGCCAGGGGCAGCUGUUGCCAUCAGUAACUGUGACGGAUUGGCUGGCCUCAUCCGCACGGACAGCACUGACUACUUCAUUGAGCCUCUGGAGCGGGGCCAGCGGCAGAAGGAGGCUGGUGGGAGGACCCACGUGGUGUACCGCCGGGAAGCCAUCCAGCGGGGCAGGACAGAGCCUCACCACGACCUUCACAAUGAAGCCUUCGGCCUGGGCGACCUUCCCAACCUGCUGGGCCUGGUGGGGGACCAGCUGGGCGACACGGAGCGGAAGCGGCGCCACGCCAAGCCGAGCAGCUACAACAUCGAGGUGCUGCUAGCAGUGGAUGACUCGGUGGUUCGCUUCCAUGGCAGAGAGCAUGUGCAGAACUAUGUGCUCACCCUCAUGAACAUCGUGGAUGAGAUUUACCACGAUGAGUCCCUGGGUGCCCACAUGAACAUCGCCCUUGUCCGCUUGAUCAUGGUCGGCUACCGGCAGUCCCUGAGCCUCAUUGAACGCGGGAACCCUGCCCGAAGCCUGGAGCAGGUGUGUCGCUGGGCACACUCCCAGCAGCGCCAAGACCCCGGCCAUGCUGAGCACCAUGACCACGUUGUCUUCCUCACACGGCAGAACUUUGGGCCCUCAGGGUAUGCGCCUGUCACUGGCAUGUGCCACCCCCUGAGAAGUUGUGCCCUCAACCAUGAGGAUGGCUUCUCCUCGGCUUUUGUGGUGGCCCACGAGACCGGCCACGUGCUUGGCAUGGAACACGACGGGCAGGGGAAUGGCUGUGCGGAUGAGACCAGCCUGGGCAGUGUCAUGGCGCCCCUGGUGCAGGCUGCCUUCCACCGCUUCCACUGGUCCCGCUGUAGCAAGCUGGAGCUCAGCCGCUACCUCCCGUCCUACGACUGCCUCCUCGAUGACCCCUUUGAGCCCUCCUGGCCCCAGCCCCCGGAGCUGCCUGGGAUUGACUACUCAAUGGAUGAGCAGUGCCGCUUUGACUUCGGCACUGGAUACCAGAUCUGCUUGGCAUUCAGGACCUUUGAGCCUUGCAAGCAGCUGUGGUGCAGCCACCCUGACAACCCAUACUUCUGCAAGACCAAGAAGGGGCCCCCGCUGGACGGAACUGAGUGUGAACCAGGCAAGUGGUGCUUCAAAGGUCAUUGCAUCUGGAAGUCGCCGGAGCAGACUUACGGCCAGGAUGGAGGCUGGAGCUCCUGGACCAAGUUUGGGUCAUGUUCUCGGUCCUGUGGCGGCGGAGUGCGAUCCCGUAGUCGGAGCUGUGACAACCCGCCCCCAGCCUAUGGAGGCCGCCCAUGCUCAGGACCCUUGUUUGAGUACCAGAUCUGCAAUAGCAAGGACUGUCCUGGGCCUUAUGAGGACUUCCGGGCCCAGCAGUGUGCCAAGCGCAACUCCUACUACAUCCACCAGAAUGCCAAGCACAGCUGGGUCCCCUAUGAGCCGGAUGACGACACCCAGAAGUGUGAGCUGAUCUGCCAGUCGGUGGACACAGGUGAGGUGGUGUACAUGAACCAGGUGGUCCACGACGGGACGCGCUGCAGCUAUCGCGAUCCAUACAGCGUCUGUGCCCGCGGCGAGUGUGUGCCCAUGGGCUGUGACAAGGAGGUGGGGUCCAUGAAGGCAGAUGACAAGUGUGGAGUCUGUGGCGGUGACAACUCCCACUGCAGGACCGUGAAGGGGACGCUGGGCAAAGCCUCCAAGCAGGCAGCAGCUCUCAAACUGGUGCAGAUACCAGAGGGUGCCAGACACAUCCAGAUCGAGACGCUGGAAAAGGCCCCCCACCGCCUUGUGGUGAAGAACCAGGUCACCGGCAGCUUCAUCCUCAACCCCAAGGGCAAGGAAGCCUUUAGCCGGACCUUCACUGCGCUGGGCCUGGAGUGGGAGCAUGAGGUGGAAGAUGCCAAGGACAGCCUCAAGACCAGUGGGCCCCUGCCCGAAGCCAUUGCUGUCCUGGUGCUCCCCCCAGCUGAGGGUAGCCCCCGAGGCAGCCUCGCCUACAAGUACAUCAUCCAUGAGGACCUGCUGCCCCUCAUCGGGAGCAACAAUGUGCUCCUGGAGGAGACAGACACCUACGAGUGGGCGCUCAAGAGCUGGGCCCCCUGCACCAAAGCCUGCGGAGGAGGUAUCCAGUUCACCAAGUACGGCUGCCGGCGCAGACGGGACCACCACAUGGUGCAGCAGCACUUGUGUGACCCCCGGAAGAGGCCCAAGCCCAUCCGCCGGCGCUGCAACCAGCACCUGUGCCCUCAGCCUGAGUGGGUGAUGGAGGAAUGGAGUGCCUGUAGCCGGAGCUGCGGGAAGCUGGGAGUGCAGAUUCGGGGGGUACAGUGCCUCCUGCCCCUCUCCAAUAGCACCCAUAAGGCCAUGCCAGCCAAAGCCUGUCCUGGUGCCCGGCCUGAAGCCCGGAGGCCCUGCCUCCGCAUUCCCUGCCCAGCCCAGUGGCGAACAGGAGCCUGGUCCCAGUGCUCUGCCACCUGUGGAGCGGGCGUCCAGCAGCGGCAGGUGGUGUGCAGGACCACCGCCAACACCCUCAGGCAGUGCGAGGGGGACAAGCCGGGCACUGUGCAGGUCUGCAGCCUGCCCGCCUGUGAAGGAAACCUCCAGAACUCCACGGCAACAGCAGAGAUCCAGGAGCUUGUGACCCUGGAGGGACGGCACAUGUCGGAGUCGGGGCCUCUGCCUCCUGUGAACCAGCGAUCACCAACAGAGCCCUGCGUGGGGGACAGGUCCAUCUUCUGCCAGAUGGAAGCGCUUGAUCACCACUGUGCCAUCCCUGGCUACUACCGGCUGUGCUGCGAGUCCUGCUCCAAAAAGGCCUCAGGCCCCAACACCAGCCCGGACCCUGGCCUGCCCUCCACACCUACCGUCCCCACUCCUGGGAGCCCUUCACCACAAUCCAAGACCACUCCCAACGUCAUGGAGCCCACCAUGGAGCCGGCAGGACUGGAUGACCAUCAGCAUGGCCAACCCACACAGCUCCCGGGGCCACCAGAUAGGAGGUCCUCAGUCACCCUGCCCCACUUGGUCCCCCAGACCCUGAGCCCCAGAGCAUUUGGGGGCACCUCCCCUGCCACCCCUCAGGGACCACCUUGGGGCUGGACCCUUGCAGCUGUGCCAGCCUCUGAGGACCAAGGGCAGCCCAGAGAGGAAUCAAGGCAUCUGGGCACCAGCCUUCCCACCACCUCCCCAGUGACAUGAGCCACACCACACUAUCCUGUCAGUCACGUUUACACUCCUUGUGCUGCCCCGGUGACCCCAGCUCAGAGGAUCCAUGCAGCGGGGUAGGGGCAAGCACAGACUUCCUUUUAAAUUAUUUGCCUCUUGUUCCUAUUUGGGGCUGUGACACUCUCUCCCCCAUGACAGAGGGUGGGAGGAAGAAGAUCAGGGAAAGCCUGAACCGGACAUACCUCAGCCAGCAGUCCCCAGACUGAACCUCUCAGGAUUCCUGGGGCCUUUGAGGGUCGAGGGUCGGCCAGCGCCCUUCCCCAAAGCCACCAGGCCCCAGGCAGCUCUGAAGAUAAUGCUGGGAGCUGUCAGGGUGCCUGCUUUCCCAGGACUUGGGAGGACCCCUGUUUAGGCCCCAGAAUGGCAAAGCAGGCAGAGGGAGGUAGAGACUGCCCACUGGGCAGGCUGGGGAAGGACCUGUAGCGAACGUGAUGGCCAGCUUCCCCGGGUUGGGCAUAGAGGGCAGACAAGUUCACCUCAGGCCCCGCUGUCCUCAGCCAAGAGCCCCACGCAGCUUCACAAGCCAAGGCUGGGGAGAGGCCAGCUCACCUCUGCUGGGAGUGCAGUGUUCAUGGCCGCACUUUGCUACUGUGGCUGUCACUUCUGUUAUUUCUGGUGAUUCCGUGUUACAGACUGGUCAUAUGCCCAGCCCAGAGGAGGGGUCAGGUUCUGCUGGCCCCCAAGUCCUCAUCAUCGGGGGUUCCCGAACUGGUGCUGGACCCCGGCUGGACCAGGAAUCGGCCCUGCAUGGCUAGGAGUAGGCCGGCCUAGAAGACGCCUGGGACACACAGGAGACGUGACUUCUCGGGCUGUGCCCCUCGGCCAUCGUCCUCUGCCGCUGUCUGCUCCUGCUGGAGUCAGGGAUCCUCUCCUGCUUGGCUUGAACCAGGCCAGGGUGUGUGGUGCUCUGAGGACCAGAGUCUGCUGAGCCAGGUCCAGAGGAAGACAAGGGUGAGAGCCCGGCCUCUGCCCCGAAACUGGGGUGAGGAGGGCACACUAACCCAUGGUGCUGCAGGCCCUCAGCCAGGCCAGCCAUCCUCCCUGCUACCUCCUGGGCCCUCUGGCCCUUGGGAAGUAGCCCUGGCUUUUAGGCUUCCCGGGGUCCUCACUCCUAGGGCCUGGAGGGAUCUCCAAGCUCUCAGCAGGUGAUCCCAGCUCAUAGAGGUGCUUGUCACACUCCCUUCCCAGAUAAGAAGAGGAGGAGCAAUGGUGCCGUGCCCUGCAGCCUCCUUGGGGAGUAGAAGUCCUGAGGCCCUAGGUGUUCUCCCAGGGAUGCCCUCCCUUCUAUAGGUUGCUGGGGCAUACACCAAAUCAUUCCUGUAAGGACUAGCCUGGCCUGGUAUAAACCCUGUGCCUCGGAGACCCAGCUCUCUUAAUGUUAUGUAUUUAUUAACAUUGCCCUUGGUGCUUUGUUUUGGACCCCAAAAGCACUUCUGUGUGUUUUUCUUUUUUUCUUCUCUGUUUUGGGGCAAGGGGACAAUGGAGCCAGAACUGUAAGGGGCUGGGCUGGACGGUAGCAAGAUGGUGAGGGGUGGGAUGGCAGGGAGGGCACCACCGAGGAGCUGGGUGGCCUUUCAGGUCACCACCCAAAGGGUGGAGAUGCCUGGGAGGUAGUUUUGGCAUCAACAGCAACAAAAGUGUUCAGAUACUCAGAGUUUUUCAAAUUUCCCUUCAGGAGCUACCCUUCUGUAAGCAGCUGCCAUCAGGCCUAGGAGUAUCCCUGAGGUGACCCAGCACACCUCAGGGAAACUGAGCCAGGGAGAUGCUAGUGCAGGCCUCUGAAGCAAUCUCAGGAUGACUCAGGCAGGACUUCUGUGAGCUCAGAGCCCAGAGUAUGGCCAAACAGAGGAGGAUCGUGGGCCCUCCACAGACUUCCUCUUGGUCUGGUGCAGUUAUGCCAUGGAGGUCAUGUGGGCUGAAUGGGGCCCUCUAAGAGCCCUGGUAGCCCAGCUCUAACAGCGAUCCCGGCACACUGCAGGGGGCAGCAGUAACUCAUGGAACAACAUGCCCACGUGUCCCUGUCUUGUGCCCGGGGCAGAUGUUGCCAAUUUAUCACCGCAUCAUUCCCUCUGAGCCCAGUUCCACCCCAAGAAUCCUCCACAUAAUGCUCUGGGCAGUGGACACUGACCAUUGACAUUGUCAGGACAGGGAGCCAGGAGUAUUGGGUCAGUAAUUUAAAAUUUGCAGCACUGGAAAUCCUCCCCCAAUCAGUAUCUCAGGCAGAAGCAUAGCAUCUAGAAGCAGAAUCGCAGCACCUGAACGGAGGAGGAGGGACCCGGAAACCAAGCCCAGGAUCCUGCACAGGGCCGGGUGUGGGGUGAGACAUCUCCAGGAAGGCUUCAGGAGAUUGCAUUCUGAGGGGCCACUGCUCCCCUGCAAAAGGAGAAUGGAAACUGACUUGCCAGGCCAACCUCUGAAAUCAGAGACUGUGGGCUUUCUGAGGACGAGGGGCCUCCCAGGAGUGAGGUGGAUCACUGGGUUCUUCCUGAGUAGGGAUUAGGGGAACCAAUCAGCUUGGGGGACAAGGGAGCUGUUGCCUGUGCACAGCAGUGGGCUUUGCCAGAGCCCAGGCCCUCAGCCUGGGGUCCUCCCACUUCUCCUGCCUCUCUGUGGCCUGCCCACCCCUGCAGGUCAACAGCUGUCCAGACUCGGCUUGGGCCAUGGGACCCCAGCCACAGGUUACCUGCCUCUGUCCAGGGUACAGAACACUACAGGAGAGCAUUACACGGCCUAGGAUGUGGUUCAGUGGUAGAGCACUUGCCUAGCACUUAGGAGGCCCUGGGUUCCACCCGCCCACUGGAGGGAGGGAGAGAUUCACUCUACCCUAACAAAGGAAGCAAGUGAACUAAUUUCCAGAAGGUGACAAGCCUCUCUGGACUCAGGCCACACAGUGUCUGUCCCAUCUUUGGUGAGAUGUGAGUGGAAGUGAGCACCCUAAGAGCAGGUAAGGAAGUACUAGUGAGAUGUUAAUAGAUGUUUAUGGAGAAGCAUGAGCUUUAGAAUCACUGCCACCCUGUGCAUGAGGGGAGUUUAAAAAGCAAGACCCAUUUGCAGUAGCAUCAAGAACACCAAAUACUAUGCACUGAAAUCUAUAAAGUAUUGUGGAGAAAAACUUAAGAAUCCUGUGUAAAGUAGGCCAUGCCUCUAAAUAAAAAAAUCUCAGUAUUGUUAAGACACCUGUCCUUCCCCGGGGCGAUCAUACUCUGGAUGUGAUCUGCCACCUUCUUGACCAGGGAGCCUAGCAAGUCCUCACCAUGGUGUCCUCCAUGUGUAACUGGCCUCCUUGGGGCUCCAGCCUGUGUCUUCAUGUGGGACUCAGCUAGUGAGCCCUGCGGGCUCUUAGUGUGGAGGGGACAAGAGGGCUGGGCCUCAAGGAGGGCAGGAGACUCCUCCAGGGGGCAGCUCAGCCUCCACCUGUUCCUUGGAAGCAACCCAGCCAUGGGGGGGGGUGGCUCUGGGCUCUUUCUUGUUGCAAACCCCCUAGAACUGAACCUCCAGGCCUUGUGACUUACACAGUAGGCAGGGGAGGGGAUAGGUACAGAGCCUGGGUUACCUGACCUGGAGCUGGGUAGGCGCUUCCUGCAAAGCUCCUGCCCCCUGUCUGUGUUCAGGUGCCUGUGUCUUGGGGCCAGGAGUGUGCGUUGUGGGGGUGGAAAGAGAAAUGGCAGGUAAGAAUGUGACUGGAUGGUGCCCAGGGAUGCACCUGCCACUGACCAGAUGUUUCCAUGGCCCACCCCCAAAUCCUUCUGUCUUUUAAAACUUCACGCGUGAACUACGUGUUCAUUACUGACAAAAUUUAAAACCUGAUGAGAAAUAAAAUCCGUUUACCAAGGGGUAACCACAAACUAACAAUUUUAUAAUUCUUCUAGAUGUGUGCAUGCAUGUAAAUAUACCUACUACACACACACACACACACACACACAGUGGCCAUUACAGUGCCUGCCAUUGUAAUUUGGUCUCCCCACACCACUGUCCUGCAGUAAUACAGUGAACUGCAUCUUUCCAUCAU